AUGGACUUCUGUUGCCACCGAUGGACACUGCUGGCUGCCUCCCUAGCCUGCCUCACUCUGUUUGGCAGCCUGCUUACCCAGUGGCCCUCACUGAUGCAAAUGUCCCCGAGACCUGCACUGCAAGUCAUCAUUAAUACCACAAAUACAAUUGUUCUAGUGUGGUACUGGCCUUUUGCAAGUUCACCUAGCGUGGAGGGCAAUGUGUGCAGAGAGAGGUUCGGCAUACCCAACUGUACUUUGGUAGAUGAUCAGUCCCUGUUCUCUCAGGCAGAUUUUGUGAUUUUCCACAACCGUGAGCUGAUCCAAGGCCAACAAAGACUGCCUGUUCACCUCACCCGGCCACAGGAGCAGAGGUGGGUGUGGUUAUCACUGGAAAGCCCAGCACAUAAUGGGAAUCUGAAGCCUUUUGCUGGACACUUUAACUGCACCAUGUCUUACCGCCGUGAUGCAGAUAUGUAUGUACCAUAUGGCAGGUUGGUACCACACGACUUUGGAACUGGAUUGACAGUGGAGGAUUACAUACCAAAGAAGUCUUUUUUGGCAUGUUGGGUCGUGAGCAAUUAUGCCCCCCACCAUAAGAGAACAGCUGUAUACAAUAAACUGAAAACAAUUAUACCAGUAGACGUGUAUGGUGGAGCAGUAAAUAAGCGUCUGGAUGAUCAGACUCUGUUACGCACCAUCUCUGGCUGCUACUUCUACCUGUCCUUUGAGAACUCUAUAUCCAGAGACUACAUCACAGAGAAGUUUUGGUACAAUGCCCUCGUGGGUGGAGCUGUGCCUGUAGUUUUAGGUCCACCGCGGGAACAGUAUGAGGCAGUGGCACCAAGUGAUUCCUUCAUCCAUGUGGACGACUUCAGUUCCGUAGAGGAGCUUGGAGAAUUCCUUAGGAAACUGGCUGAGGAUAAGCAACGCUAUGCCUCAUACUUCAACUGGCGACUGAAGUACACAGUGAAACGGUUUGCCGAUUGGAGGGAGAGAUUCUGUAGAAUCUGCCCCACAGUCAGCAGCUUACAAACGCAGAAAGUGUAUGACGAUUUAGAUGCUUGGGGAUGGAAAUAAAGCAGAAGGGAAGCAAGACAUCAACAUCAAAAAGUCCAAAAUGAAUGGAUCAAAUCCGUUCUGUCCCCUCAUUGUGUGUUCACAUGCUGUCAAACGGUGUACUUGAACUUAAUGGGAGGAGGAGACGAUAGGGGAAGAUAGGGCAGACAUGCAGGCCAUUACCAGUAUAAAGGAAAUAAAGUCGAAUAUUAUUCAUGAAUGCAUUCUUUUUUCCAUU